GUGUACUAGCACCUCCACUCAGAACUGAAAGAGAUGCAAGAAUGUGACAUGGUAUGACUAGUACUUCCAUAGCAAAGUCUGAGUUUUAAUUGGCUUAACUGAAAAACUAUAGUCAUAACCAAAGAAAAGAUAGAUAACAUAAAAGACGUGGGUACAUCAGCUGAUAACUUGUAGUUCUGAAGAGUACCAAACUUUUUUCUUAUUGCGUGUAUCCAUACAUGAAACAAUCAGUAGUUUGUUUCAUCAACUAGCAGAGUUAUUUUAACGUAUUACCAUUCUUUCUAAAACAUUCAAAUGAUUAGAUGAACUAAGUAGGGCAGAUAAUUAUCCUUCUGGAAGUUUAAACAGGGGAAGUCAAGCACUAACAUACGAUUCCAUAGAAAAGAUAUUUCAAACUUUUUCUACGACUAACAAAGCUAUUGCUCACGUAGUGUGUCAGUUGAAGGUUCAUCUUCUACAUUCCUUGAUCCUUCUUUGACUAACGCUAAAAGAUUACAAGAUCGACUUUUUGUCAGUGAUCAUGAAAAUAUUGUAGUGUGGUGAGGAUUUAUUUUGAUGAACAGUUAAAUAAAAAAGCUAUCCCUCAAGGAAGGAAAACCUAAGACAGACUUCGAGGUUAAAUUCUCAAACGUCAAUUGCUAAAAAGGAUUUCUGUUUGCCAGGGAAUCAAACAUCAGUCAAAAUGCCGUUAAAGAAAUCUAAGAACAAAGGGUCGGAUGAUAAAGGACAGUCUUUCAAUUGAUGUGGACCCACAGCAUUUCGUAUGAGAUCGCGUGUAGACAGUGAAAUGUCCAGCUUUGAUUUUGAGAAAUUCCUAGCAGAAGCCAAAGAACAGUUUGAAAUAAAAUGGAACAAUCCCAGCAAGAAUACUUCAUCUUUGGAUGACUUUGACAGAAUUAAAACAUUAGGAACAGGUUCUUUUGGAAGAGUAAUGCUUGUGCAACAUAAAAAUGAUAAGGAUUACUAUGCUAUGAAAAUUUUGGACAAGCAAAAGGUUGUGAAACUAAAGCAAGUUGAACACACUCUGAAUGAGAAGAAAAUUUUACAAGCUAUUGACUUCCCAUUUCUCGUAAAGCUUGAAUUUCAUUUCAAGGAUAAUUCCAAUCUAUACAUGGUAUUGCCUUAUGUGGUAGGAGGAGAAAUGUUUUCACAUCUAAGAAAAGUUGGAAGGUUCAGUGAGCCACAUUCAAGAUUCUAUGCUGCUCAGAUAGUUUUGGCCUUCCAGUAUCUUCACUCAUUAGAUCUUGUAUAUCGAGACUUGAAGCCUGAGAAUAUUCUAAUAGACCAAGAUGGUUAUAUCAAGGUAACAGACUUUGGUUUUGCAAAGAGAGUAAAAGGAAGAACAUGGACAUUAUGUGGAACUCCAGAAUAUCUGUCCCCAGAAAUCAUCCUUAGUAAAGGCUAUAAUAAGGCAGUAGACUGGUGGGCACUAGGAGUCUUGGUGUAUGAAAUGGCAGCUGGAUACCCUCCAUUUUUUGCUGAUCAACCAAUUCAAAUCUAUGAAAAAAUUGUGUCUGGGAAAGUUCGGUUUCCUUCUCACUUCACAUCCGACCUGAAAGAUAUACUUCGAAACCUGUUGCAAGUUGACUUAACUAAGCGAUAUGGAAACCUCAAGAAUGGUGUUAAUGAUAUAAAGAACCACAAGUGGUUCGCAACAUUGGACUGGAUAGCAAUUUAUCAGAAAAAGGUUGAAGCACCCUUUCUUCCUAAGUGCAAAGGACCUGGUGACACAAGCAACUUCGAUGAGUAUGAAGAGGAGACACUGCGUGUAUCGGGAACAGAAAAAUGUGUAAAAGAGUUUGCUGACUUCUAAUGUCACCAACUAGAUGUUCAGCAACAAACAUAUUGAUGUGAUGGACGGAUGUCUAGCAAGGAAGGGUUUAGAGUGAACUUAAUAUUGGCUGUGGCAUACUCCCCAGAGGAGUAGUAGUCCUACAUAAGUUAGCACAGCCCUUCAAAAUGUUUCAGUGUCCAUUACCUGCAACCACAACAUGCACCUCAGGAAGUGAAGCCACAGGAUGUGGCAGAAAAUAAAUGAAUGCAUGUAUAUGAUACGUUAUUGUUUUUUUGUUUUUGUCAGACAGUGUUUUUUAAAGUUUUCUUUUUUUAUAGUUUUAACUAGGAUGUAGCUACUCUCUGUAGUAUGAGUAUAAAAAAAAAGUGGUCAGGAAUUUUAAGGUUUCUGAAUGAUGUGAAUAUGUACAAGGUGUGUUUUAUUUGUUUAAUAGUCAGUUGUUUUUUUUAUUCGGAAUAAUGAUGUCAUUAGAAAAUUUUUCAGUCAUAACCACACCACUUGCAUCAAUAUAAACAAACACACACACACACACACAUAUAGGUGUUUAAUAGUUUAGGUAGUGUACAACUAGAAAUAUUGACUUUUAAGAUUCUUACUAGUCUCCAGAAUAUAAUAAGCUAUUAUUAGAACUAUGAUGAAUAAGUCAUAAAUAAGAAUCAAAUGUUUGGAGCAUCAAAAAUAUGAGAAUGUAAAAUGGAGACUUCUAAACAAAUGUUUUGAGGGUGGAAUUUUAAUUAACUUUUUUUUCAUUAUUUUUAGGUUUACUCAGGUUAUUACACUGAAGAAUUAACAAAAAACCUAGGCUAAUAAAAAAUAUUUUAUUUUAUGAUAUUUCAGAUAUGAUGCAUUUUGGUGUUGAAUGGUAAUUCCUCAGAUAUUUGAUGAUCCUGACAUACAGUGCCAUUUUAUUGAGAAUAUGAAUAUUUAAUUUUAUGGUUAGUUAGGAAGUGGAGACCUGAGCUUUGUAGUCCAUAAAAUAUAAGAAGUGUUUAUUGUCUUUUAGCAUUUCAUUGUAUGUUUAGAGCCAUCAUUUUUAUUCUAUGAUACUUUAAAUGGGACUUCAGCACCACUGUAUAUAGUUGUUUCCUGUUUACUAUUCACAACAUUAUUUCUUAUUCAGAAAAUAGAAAAAAAAUAUUAUAUGAAAGUAAUGAUGAUUCUCCUGUUUAUUCUCCUACUUAUGUGUUUUGCCAUUUCGUGCCUGUAGCUGUGACUCUACCCUCUUUAAAACAUUGUUUAUUUGUUUCUUCAUGUAAUAUAUAACUGAUUACUGUUGCCAUUGUCGUGAUAAUGCUAUAAUUGUAGUUCUAUAGGUAUUUCUCAAAUUUUCUUCUAAAAGUAUUGAAUAAACUGUUUUAGGUUCAUUAUUUCUUUUAAGGUAUAUUGCUCUAUAAAAUUGUAAUAUAUUUAAAAAAAACUAAUAUCAAUGUAUCUACCUCCUAUUUUCAUUGUAUUUGAUUCUCUAGAGUAUUUAUUUCUCCUCAGCUUAAAUUUACAGUGAUGUGUAUAGUGUUUUUGCCCAAUUAUUAAAUAACCUUUUACAUACAGGGCCAUUAGUAAGUGUUUUAACUUAGUAAUUUAUUGCACAUUUACUUCUCAGCUCUGUAAAAAAAUUACAGGAAUGUGCAGUAUUAUGCUAGUGCAGUUUUUGAAAUUAGAAUGAGUGUUUAAAAUCAAAGCAAUUUAGUAUUUUGAAAAACGAAAAAAAAAACAGAGCUUGAAUAGGUAGAAAAUCUUUAUAUCUAUAUUAUGGCUUCAUGCAUAAAUGAAUAAAAUAAUUUUAAACAUUUGAAGUAGUUUGACAUUGUUUUAUACUCUGAAUUUAUACAGGUAACUUGAUCAUAAUUUUGAGUACGUUUUUAAUUGUUUAAAGUGAUAUCCAAAUAUACUGAGAUGAAGUGGACCAUGGGAAGAGUGAAGAUGAUAUCCUGUAUGUGUAUCGAUGUGACCAUACAUACACAAGUAUUGCUGUUGCUGCUUGAAUCUGAUGUGAAGUAGAUUGUUGGGUUAGAAAUGGUUUGUUUACUCUAGUCUGAGAUUCGUAUCAAACAUUUAUACAUGAAUUGAAUUAAAAUGAAAAUUAGAUUUCAGUAUGUUGAACUUUUUUUAUUCUUGUGUUCAGAAUAUUAGCUGUAUUAAAAGUUGUCAAACAUUAUAAUAAUUA